CACGCAGGCCAGUGAGGAACGUCCGGGGCCGGGGUGCAGAGCUGUCCCGCGGUGGCGGGUGCGGGGCUCCGAUCCCAGCCGCGGGGUGGCCGGGACGCCCGGACCCUCUCCUCCUCGAGACUUUCACUUUCCCGCUGGGGAAAACUUGGGCGCCGCGCUGCUCUCGGGGGUGAGGGCUGGGGCGUCGGCCCGCCCCGGGGUGCCGCAUCGGGAUCCCGGGCUGAGCCCCCGCCUGGCUGCGCGCCUGCCGGUGCCGGGAGGGAGGGCGCGGGCACCCGGCGGGCGCAGAUGGAGCAGGGGACUGCUGUGGGCGACCCCGCCGCGCGCCAAGCGGACGCCGCAACUUCGGGAACCCGCGCGGCGGCAGGGAGUCGCGCGGCGUGUGCGCACCAGGGCUUCCCCAGCCUCUCCCGGAGCAGUGAGAACGCGGCUCCCGCACGCGCCCUUCCCCGAGGCGGGGGUCCCGCAGUCUCUGUUCUCCCGGCCCGAGGGCCAGGGAGACCCGUUCAGAAUGAAGACAUUCAAAUGCUGUUUUAAAUACCCAGCACAGCAGAAAGUUUUCAUCUUAUUUGUAACUCUAUGGCUGUUCUCCUUGUUGAAGCUUCUAAAUGUGAGAAGCCUCCUCUUCCCUCAAAGAGGCAUUUACUUGGUUGAAUCCUCCCUGAGUACCUCGCCUUUUGUAAGGAACAGAUACACCAAUGUGAAGAAUGAAGUCAGGUAUGAAGUUAACUGUUCGGGUGUCUAUGAACAGGCGCCUUUGGAAAUUGGCAAGAGUCUGGAGAUAAGAAGGAAAGACAUCAUUGACUUGGAUGAUGAGGAUGUCAUGGCAAUAACCAGUGAUUGUGACAUUUAUCAGACCCUGAGAAGGUACCAUCAAAAGCCUGUUUCAAGGGAGGAGAAGAGCUUCCCAAUAGCGUAUUCUUUGGUUGUUCAUAAAGAUGCCAUUAUGGUUGAAAGGCUACUUCAUGCUAUAUACAACCAGCACAAUAUUUACUGCAUCCAUUAUGACCAUAAGUCACCUGAUACCUUCAAGGUUGCCAUGAACAAUUUAGCUAAGUGCUUCUCCAAUGUUUUCAUUGCCUCCAAAUUAGAGACAGUGCAAUAUGCACACAUUUCCAGACUCCAAGCUGAUCUGAAUUGCUUGUCAGACCUCCUCAAGUCCCCGGUUCAGUGGAAGUAUGUUAUCAAUCUGUGUGGGCAAGAUUUUCCUUUGAAGUCAAACUUUGAAUUAGUGUCAGAGUUGAAGAAACUCAAUGGAGCAAAUAUGUUAGAAACGGUGAAACCCCCUACCAGUAAAAUGGAAAGAUUCACUUAUCACCAUGAACUCAGACAGGUGCCUUAUGAAUAUGUGAAGCUACCAAUAAGGACGAACAUCUCCAAGGAAGCCCCCCCUCAUAACAUUGAGAUAUUUGUUGGCAGUGCUUAUUUUGUUUUAAGUCGAGCAUUUGUUAAAUAUGUCUUCAACAACUCCCUCGUUAAAGACUUCUUUGCCUGGUCUAAAGAUACAUACUCUCCUGAUGAACAUUUUUGGGCUACCUUAAUUCGGGUACCAGGCACACCUGGGGAGAUUUCUAGGUCAGCCCAGGAUGUGUCUGACUUACAGAGUAAGACCCGCCUUGUGAAAUGGAACUAUCAUGAAGGCCUUUUGUACCCCCGUUGUACUGGCUCCCACCUUCGAAGUGUGUGUAUCUUUGGAGCGGCAGAAUUAAGGUGGCUUAUAAAUGACGGGCAUUGGUUUGCUAAUAAAUUUGAUUCUAAGGUGGAUCCUGUCUUGAUUAAAUGCCUGGCAGAAAAGCUUGAAGAGCAACAGAGACAAUGGAUUACUUUGUCUUCGAAAAAGUUACUUAUGGCUAAAAAUGCCGUAAUCACAUCAUGAUAAAAUCAUGAUAGAAAGAAGGGUAUCUGAUAAAGAGAGCUCAUGUGGACUUGUGUGCUUUACCAUGCCUGGUCCCACUCGAGCGUAACCCACUCAUAGUUUGCGAGGUGUCCAAAAUACCACGCACAAAGGCGACAAUUAGCCUGCGUUUGGUUGGGUGUUUUCAUGUUUAUUUUUCCUUGUAACCUUAUGGAGCUAAAUCAGAGAUUUUAAAGAGUCCAUCAUCAGAGCCCAGUAACUACUGAGCUCCAACUGUAUGCCAGGUACGUUUACAGAAACGUGUAGGAAUUAAAUCCAAAUUGUAAUGAGCUAUACAAUGCCAUCAAGGCUUGCCCUAGUCACACCGCAACCUUAAUAUCUGAAGUUUUCCACAUAGCAGUCAGGACUGCUAUGAAAAGGUGUUGGAGUGUGGGAUAAUCACGUAACCAUCGAAACCACCAAGUUCAGGGUAGUGUUUAAGUACAGUGACCAACACUCCCCUUGUCUCUUAAUUCAGCUCCCUAGACUUUUCUUAACCUUUUUGAAUAUUAGAAGGAGAAACUCCACUACCUCAGGAAAGCUCAACGAAUUGCCCGAUUUCCUGCUUGCCAAAGCAUAAUUUUCCUGUUGGUGCCUGACCCUUUCAAUUCAGAGUCAGAAGACGCUGUUGGUGGGGCAUUUAUAGUGUGUGAAUGUUAGGGAGGCUGGGUGGGGGGUGGGGCGACUGGGACAGGUGGUGCCUGAAGAGAAGAAAAAGGGUUUAUAGGACUUCUGCGUCAUGUUACACAAUGGUUUCAUGAAUGGUCUCAUUUUUAAUUCAAUUAGUUCUUUAAAAUUAUUGAUUAAAAAUAAGAACUUGAUUAACAGUUCAAAGUGUUACAGUCCCGAACAUUGAACCUAAGUCUUCUAGCUCAUAGAUUAUCAUUAUAUGUAGGUUUUUUACAGUGGAAUUAGUGUAAUUUUGUUUUAUGGAACCGUUAAGCUAAGAGUCACUGAAUUUUCUUGAAAAGGUUGUGUAAAAUAUGAACGCUUUCUUAAUUAACUCUUAUGGUCAUUUAAAAUUUUUGCUUAUGUCUCCAAUAACUAUCCAAGUAGAAUCCAAACUAAAACUUACAAAAGCUCUAAGUCCACUGAACUCUUCUCAGCUUAGACACAGAGAGGAAAAGUUAAGUUUCUUAAAGACAUAGAAAGAAUAUUCAUUAGUGGUAUCUUGUAAAACCUACACCUUAGAAAACUACCAAACGAAUCAAAUAUACAUCUGUUUUACUGUCCGUGUGUUGUGCUGGAGGUGAAAGGGGACAGGAGCAGGGUCCUGAGAACAGGUUGUAACAUUUUUUCCAUCUCUUGGGAAAUCAUGGAACUCAUGUAAAAAUUUCUUGCUAAUCUUAUGUUUCAGUGUCAGCCUCAGUAUCUACAUAAGGACGUACUAAUCAAGGCCAAUAUGAGACUAUUUGGAAGACUAGAGUAUUUAAAUAUUUUUGUAAAUGUCUGUGUUCUACAUGCGAAAUGCACUUUGCUGGUUUUAAAGUGUGUGAUACUGCCAAGGGCACCACUUCUCUCUGUUUCUUCUCUGGAACUCAUUUUUCUUCCUCUUUUCCCCCCACCCCCUUCAAAUUACUUCAUUCUCCAGAAAACAACUAUGACUAUGCCGCUAUUCUUAAAAAUAAGUUAACUGUUGGGAGUGCCUGGGUGGCUCAGUCGGUUAAGUGUCUGACUCUUGGUUUCAGCUCAGGUCAUGAUCUCAGGGUCAUGAGAUCAAGCUUCACGUGGGGCUCCAUGCUCAUUGAGGAGUCUGCUUAAGAUUCUCUCCCACUGCCCCUCCCCCCCCAAUAAAUAAAUCUUUAAAAAAAAAAUAAGUAACUGUUGGAUAGAGUUAAGUUCUGCAGAAGAUACUUACCAGUUUGUUAACGUGUAACUGUGACAAGCUAAGUCAUUUUGGUCUCCAUGAGCCUCAGCGUUCCUGGUCUUUAAAGUGAGUACUUGGAUGCCUACUCUGGCUUCCUCACACAUGUGUGUGUGUGAGAGAGAAUCAAUUAAAAUAUGUGUGAACUGGUUUGAAAAUGGAGACAAACUAUUAACAAUAAAUACCAGAGAGUAGUAUCUGAUCCAGCCCCUUUUGUGAGACUUAACUGUUUAUCUCUUCUGGAAAACCUUUGAAAUAUGAAAGAAGCCACACCACAGGAGCAACUUCUAUAAAUGAAUCCGGGUACAGAGAGACCCCUGUUACCACAUCUGGAGUUCUUUUUAAGCCAACAGGAUCUAUUUUUCAUACCUUGUAGGCUUCAGUACACAAGGUCCCACUGAAAUCUCAGUUUUUGUGCCUUUGGCCAUCAGAAUAAAUGUAAAGGCUGAAAAGUAAGUAUCAACCUCCUGGUCCAGUGUCUUGCCUCCUGGUGAGAAAUGAUUCUAUCCCUCGUUUAUUGGAAAAUUUCCCAGUCAUUAGUCACUUUCAUGCCAUAUUCCAAUGAAACAUGGCCCCACAAAGAGGUGGCAGUGCCUUUUCGUCCCCAUUGACACAUUUCCAGGGAUUCAAUUCAACAUUUCAGGGAGCUUGUCCGGUCGUCUCUUUUGCCUUGGGAAUCCUGCAGUUUCCUUACAUGUCUUCGAACCUCCUUCAGACCAGAUUUUUCUGCUAAAACCUUUUGGUAUGAUUUUUUUCUGGUCUAGACAUGUUCUGCAGUCUGUGUAUUAUCAUCAUUCUUUGCAUAGUAUUUACUGAAUCUAGACUCUAAGUUAUUUGGCAAUGAGACCAGGACCUUGAAGUUUGUGAAUUGUGUUAGAUAUUAAUAAUGAAAGAGCUACUAAAAUAGAUCGACAUUAUGUGAACUGUCUACUAUAACAUUAUAAUAUUUGAAGAUCAAUAUUGCUGCUAUUUUUAAUGUUUUGGUUAUUCUAAAUGAAAUAUGUAUAUAUACAAAUAAAGUGUUUAAAUUUCCAGAGUUAAGUUUGAAGAUUUCUCUUGCCUUCCAGAAUGUGAAUAUUAUACAUACAUACAUAUAUAUAUAUUUUUUGACAUAUUUCAUGAAAACAAAACUGACAAUCUUCUUUGAGAAUGAAAAGUGAAUGUAUUAUGUGUAUGUUACAGCUGUUUUUGUUGUUGUUGUUUUUACCAUUUUUGAAAGACAUAUUUCCUAUUGUAGGUGUUUGAAAGAGGUUGAUGUUGCAUUUUGGUAUUAUGCUGCUAGCAGAUGUUAAUUCUCUAGAAUUGUAAAAUAAAAUAUGCUCCGAAAACCAAA